CUCAACCCGAACUGUCCUGCAGCGCCAAACCAAACCCGGGUAAUUGCCAAAGCCUACCGCCCGAUGUGGUAUUUCGACGCUGAAGUGGGCUACUGUCGCGGCUUCGUCUACGGCGGCUGUGGCGGAAACAGAAACACCUACCCGAAUUGCCUGGCUUGCAUGAGCCGGUGCACAAAUUACAAUCCCUAUUUGAUGUGCCGGUACCUUGAGUAUGAGUUCUUCAAAAAGUUCAUCGCGGGCAAGCUCAUGGUUCCUCCACCACACGUUUCUACGGGGGCGACCUCACAGUUCCCACCGGCGGGACCGGGAACAACGAUGGCACAGCCAAUGUCGCCAAUAAUGGUGGCACAACCGACGUCGAUGAACGCGGUAGCACAACCAUCCCUUGCCACACAGCCGGCAACAGAGAAUGGGAACGCACCGGUAUGGAGGGCUGCUGUACCUUCUGGCGUAAGGUCAGAACUGCGCGUUGAAGACACGCUUGUGAAGGGUUCCAGUUAGCAAGAUUGUUUUUAAGAGAUUGAAAUAAAUAAUAAUGUGUUGAGAAACCUUUG